CAUCUGACCAGCUAGCAGAGCGGCUUUGUUUUUUUGAAACAACUACAACCCUUCGCCUUAUCUUCUUUCUCUUCUGUCGUACCAUGGAGGAAGAGAGAGCCAUAAUCAAAUUCCAGAGAAUACCUUCCCUUGAAUCCGCCGGUUUCGGCCCCAUUCUAAGCCCCUCUCCGGCGAAAACCGGUUCCGUACGGUUGCGCCGCGGUGGAUGGCGGAAUUUCGGCGUCGGAGAUGGCGGUUUCGCGUGCGUUUCACUGGCGCAGAAGUGCGAGCAGAAGGAAUUCGCUCCGACUCCGGCUCAGCUCCUCAAGCAUCCGCUCGCAAUUCUCGCUCUCGUCCCCAAGGACGCCGCCAUAUUCGCCGCCGGUGCUAUCGCCGGAGCCGCCGCGAAGACCGUCACCGCUCCGCUUGACCGUAUCAAGCUUCUUAUACAGACUCAUGGGAUAAGAGUUGGACAUGAAAGCGCGAAGAAUGCAUUUGGUUUUGUAGAGGCAGUCACUUUGAUAGCCAACGAAGGAGUAAAAGGGUACUGGAAGGGAAACUUGCCUCAGGUGAUAAGGGUCUUACCUUACAGCGCCGUUCAGCUCUUGGCUUAUGAGACUUACAAGAAAUUGUUCAAAGGGAAAAAUGGCGAGCUGUCAGUAAUUGGAAGACUAGCUGCAGGUGCAUGCGCUGGCAUGACAUCUACUUUCGUAACAUAUCCAUUAGAUGUCUUGAGACUACGGUUGGCAGUAGAACCUGGGUACCGAACCAUGUCUCAGGUAGCUUUGAAUAUGCUACGCGAAGAAGGAAUUGCAUCCUUCUAUUAUGGCCUCGGACCAUCUCUAGUGGGGAUAGCUCCGUAUAUCGCUGUGAACUUCUGCAUUUUCGAUCUAGUGAAGAAAUCUUUACCGGAGAAAUACAGAGAGAAGGCUCAAUCAUCUCUUUUGACAGCUGUUCUCUCUGCCAGCGUUGCCACGCUGACAUGUUACCCUCUGGACACGAUGAGACGGCAAAUGCAAAUGAGGGGCACUCCUUACAAAUCGAUUCUGGACGCAUUUGCUGGAAUCAUAGAGCGAGACGGGGUUAGGGGAUUGUACCGAGGGUUUUUGCCAAACGCGUUGAAAACUCUACCAAACAGCAGCAUUAGGCUAACGACUUUCGACAUGGUGAAACGACUUAUCGCCACGAGCGAGAAACAGCUUCAGGAGAUUGUGGAGGAGAAUCGAACUCGAGGUUGACCUCGCGAAGAAGGAAGAAGUCAGUGCUGGGAAUGCGUAUUGGUAACGAAUCGUUUAUCUAUAUAUUCAUGCGUGUCUGUCUUUGCUUUUGGCUGCAAGAUGAUUUUUGAUUCUAUAGUAAGCGCUAGCAGUUGGUUCAAGAGUAUCUCAUCAUAUUACGCACACUAUCAGUUGUGUUAUCGCCAGUAUUUACACGUAUAUUUUAACCAUUAUGAUUA